CUCUUAGGCUUUUUUCCUACUUCCCACCUUCUCACCUCCAUCAGACAAAACUGAGGAGUGAGGGGACAUGGCAAAGGAAGUUGAUUUAAAGAAGGUCGAAUUGAAGGUUACUGUCAACUGUUGUGAUGGUUGCAAGAGGAAGGUUAAGAAGGUGUUACAGAGUAUUGAAGGUGUUCUGAAGACCGAAAUCGACCCUUUGCAGCCUAAAGUUACAGUUGUGGGGAAUGUGGAUCCUAAAAUUCUAAUAAAGAAGCUACAAAAAUGUGGAAAGCAAGCAGAAAUAUGGAGCAGUGGUAAUCAAAACGCCGGAAAACAAAACAAGGAAACGGACACGGCCUUGGCAAAAGAGAAAGAAAAAUCAAAAUCUGUGUGUGAGGAGGCAAAAUGCUCCGACUCAUCCGCCACUGCCAAUGAAAAAAGUAAAGAAAGCUCAAAGGGUGGGGAUGGAGGUGAGAACAAGGAUUCAAAGAAGGAACAGAAGGAGUCCAACAGCUGUGACAAUACUAAUAGUACUAGUCUCAAACUGACUAAGAGUGAGAACUCUCCUCUGCCUCCCCAAGUAAAUUUCACCAUGCAUCCAAGUAUGUUGCAUGAGACAGGUAAUAUCAGGUCUUGCACACAGCACUGUUGUAUGGUGGAGCCAUGCGCUAUCACCUUGCCCUAUUAUGCAAUACACUCAUACACAGCUCCAGCUCCUACUCUUGUUCCAACCUGUUGCAGCCAGGGACUGUACAACUUGGAAAGGUCGGUAUCUCAGCCGCCACUCCAGACUCCAGUAGCACACGUCGGGGAUUACUUCAGUGUUGAGAAUACUGUGGGGUGUUGUGUGAUGUGAGAGCCCCAAAUGGCCACCCAGUGUCACUUGGGAAGGAGCUGUUCCACCUAAUGGGUUUUUCUAGUAUGAUUCCAGAGUCAGUUUUAGGGUAAUUUUUGUAGUCUAUAAAUGACUUCCUCUUUCUCAAUGGUCAUUGGCUUGUUUUUCCA